AUGAGAGAAGGCACUGAAGUUGAUGAGCGAGUUGAUUUUGAAGAAGAAAACUACAUGGAAGAGAUGGAUGAUGAUGCUGAAGAUCAUCUAGAAGAUGGGGAAGAUGAACCUGCAAAUGCCCAUGCUAAUGACAACGACAACGUUGACGAGGAUGAUGAGGAGGAUUCAAAGGAUGAGGCUAGCCGUAAAGAGCAGCCACAGGAUGAUGAUGAGGAUGAAGAAGUUGAUGGUCGUGAUGCUGAACCUGUGGCAGAGGAAGAGCAAGAGGAAGAGAAGCAAACCUCCUCAAUCAACAAUGAGGAACUUGAGAAGCAUGCUCAACUUCUUGCUCUUCCUCCCCAUGGUUCUCAAGUUUUCAUCGGAGGGCUUCCAAAGGACUUGGUAGAAGACGAUUUGCAGGAGCUUUGUGAACCAGUUGGUGAAACUUUUGAGAUAAGGUUGGUGAAGGAUAAAGAUACUGGCGAGAGCAAGGGUUUUGCCUUUGUAUCUUUCAGAUCAAAGGAGGUGGCCCAGAAGGCUAUUGAUGAGUUACAUAAUAAAGAAUUCAGGGGGAAAACCUUAAGGUGCUCUCUAUCUGAAACCAAAAAUAGGCUAUUUAUUGGAAAUAUCCCCAAGAUCUUAACAGAGGAGCAGUUUAGGAAAGUAAUUGAGGAAGUUGGCCCUGGUGUGGAAACCAUUGAACUCAUAAAGGAUCCUCAAAAUCCUAGUCGUAAUCGUGGAUUUGCUUUUAUAUUAUACUUUAACAAUGCAUGUGCUGAUUAUUCAAGGCAAAAAAUGUUAAGCCCGGAUUUCAAGCUUGAUGGGAAUACCCCUACUGUUAGCUGGGCUGAUCCAAAGGGCAAUCCUGAUCAAUCUGCUGCUGCUUCCCAGGUUAAGGCCCUCUAUGUGAAGAACAUUCCUGAAAAUACUACCACUGAGAAACUGAAGGAAAUAUUCAUGCGACAUGGAGAAGUGACGAAAGUUGUUAUGCCGCCUGGGAAAGCUGGAAAGCGAGAUUUUGGCUUCAUCCACUUUGCUGAAAGGUCCAGUGCAUUGAAAGCAGUCAAAGACACAGAGAAGUAUGAAAUUGAUGGCCAAGCAUUGGAGGUUGUCCUAGCUAAGCCUCAGGCUGAUAAAAGAUCUGAUGGAGCAUAUAUGUAUGGUGCUGGUCUUCCUCCAACCCAUGUUCCAUCUGCAUCUUAUGGUGCAUUUGCUGGGAAUCCUUAUGGGUCCAUGGGUGGUACUGGAUAUGGUGCAGCCCCCAGUAUUCAACAGCCUGUUAUAUACGGCAGAGGUCCAAUGCCUACUGGGAUGCAAAUGGUGCCUAUGUUACUCCCCGAUGGUCGAAUUGGUUACGUUCUUCAGCAGCCGGGAAUGCAAGUGCCACAGCCACCGUGGCCACCUCGGAGAGGUGAUCGGGGGAACAGUGGUGCAAGUGGACCGUCACGUGGUGGGGGUAACGACGAUGAUGGCAGUCGUGGUGGUGGCAGAAGAUACCGGCCAUACUAG